AUGUCUUAUACUCCACCAACUGAUCCAACCAAUAAGCAGCCAGUGAAGUUAUCACAAUUAUGUGAAAUAUGUCAUUCACGUAAGGCUAUUAUUAGAAGACCCAAAAAUUUGCAAAAAAUUUGCAAAUUAUGUUUUUAUCAUGUUUUUGAAACUGAAAUACACAAUACUAUAGUAUCUACGAAAUUAUUUUAUCCUGGUGAAACUGUUGCUGUGGGAGCGUCAGGUGGUAAGGAUUCCACUGUAUUAGCUUAUAUAAUGAAACUACUGAAUGAAAGACAUCAUUAUGGCAUUAAUAUUGUGUUAUUGAGUGUUGAUGAAGGUAUCGUUGGUUAUAGAGAUGAUUCAUUGGCUACUGUGAAAAGAAAUCAAAAACAAUAUAAUUUACCAUUAGAAAUUGUGUCUUAUAAAGAAUUAUAUAAUUGGACAAUGGAUGAAAUUGUGGAAAUCGUUGGGAUUAGAAAUAGUUGCACAUAUUGUGGGGUUCUUAGAAGACAGGCAUUAGACCGUGGUGCAAAUAAGCUAGGGAUAAAACAUGUUGUAACUGGGCAUAAUGCAGAUGAUAUGGCAGAGACAGUAUUAAUGAAUAUAUUACGUGGUGAUGUAGCACGUCUUGAGAAAUCUACAGCUAUUUUAACUGAGAGUAAUGGUUCGCCCAUCAAACGUUCUAAACCAUUUAAAUAUAUGUAUCAAAAGGAAAUUGUACUGUAUGCACAUUAUAAGAAAUUGGAUUAUUUUUCUACGGAAUGCACAUAUGCACCAGAGGCUUUUAGAGGUACCGCUAGAGAAUAUAUGAAAAAUCUUGAAGCUAUUAGACCAAGUUGCAUUAUCGAUAUUAUCCAUAGUGGGGAAAAUCUAGUAUUAAAACCUAAACAAGCAAAGAAGAAAACUACAGUAAAGAAAAGUACAGCAAAUAAAAAUAAAAUUCAAAAUGAAAAUACUGAAGACAAUAAGCAAGUAUUUGUCGAUGGGAAUAGGUGUGAAAGAUGUGGUUACUUAUCUAGUAAUAAGAUAUGUAAAGCAUGUAUUUUACUAGAAGGUUUAGAGAUGAACAGGCCCAAAGUUAACGUAUCCAAUGCUCAUGAAGAUUCAGAAGAUGGGGCUGCUAAAAAUCUGAGAACAUUAGAACGUCUACAUUUCUAA